AAUAGGGACGGACGCUCCGCAGCGGGAAUGACGGAUUUGGGGAUCGGCCGCUCCCGCGGGAAUGGGGGCGCGGCCGAUGGGGUGGGGCCCGGAGAGCGGAGGGGUUGUCGCCAAAGGUUUUCGGGGUCGCGGCGUUGUCCCAAAAUUUUGGGAUUCUGAAAGGUUUUUGGAGGCGUGGUGGCCCAAAAGGUUUUGGGGUUCCAGGAAGUUUUGGAGCCAUGGGGUUGUCCCAAAAUGUUUUGGGAUCCAAAAGGUUUUGGGGUCCUGGCAUUGUCACCAAGAAUUUUGGGGUCGUGACAUUGUCCCAAAAAGUUUUGGGGUUCCAGGAGGUUUUGGAGCCAUGGGGUUGUCCCAAAACGUUUUGGGAUUCCAGGAGAUUUUGGAGCCAUGGGGUUGUCCCAAAAGGUUUUGGGGUCCUGGCACUGUCACCAAGAGUUUUGGGGUUGUGACAUUGUCCCAAAAGGUUUUGGGAUUCCAGGAAGUUUUGGAGCCCAAGUUUUGGGGUCCCAGCGUUGUCCCAAAAGGUUUUGGGAUCCAAAAGGUUUUGGGGUCCUGGAAUUGUCACCAAGAGUUUUGGGGUCGUGACAUUGUCCCAAAAGGUUUUGGGAUUCCAGGAGGUUUUGGAGCCCAAGUUUUGGGGUCCCAGCGUUGUCCCAAAAGGUUUUGGGGUUCCAAGAGGUUUUGGGGUCCUGGCAUUGUCACCAAGAGUUUUGGGGUCGUGACAUUGUCCCAAAAGGUUUUGGAGCCGUGGGGUUUUCCCAAAAGGUUUUGGGAUUCGGGAAGAUUUUGGAGCCAUGGUGAUGUCCCAAAAUGUUUUGGGAUUCCAAGAAGUUUUGGAGUUGUGGCAUUGUCACCAAGAGUUUUGGGGUCCUGGCAUUGUCCCAAGAAGUUUUGGGAUUCCAAAAGGUUUUGGGGUCCUGGAACCGUCACCAACAAGUUUUGGUGUCCUGGCAUUGUCACCAAGAAUUUUGGGGUCGUAACAUUGUCCCAAAAGGUUUUGGGGUCCUGGAAUUGUCCCAAAAGGUUUUGGGAUUCCAAAAGAUUUUGGGGUCCUGGUGUUGUCCCAAAAAUUUCUAGACUCCCAAAAAGUUUUGGGGUGGUGGUGUUGUCCCCAAAGAUGGAGGGGACACAGAGAGGGGGACAGAGCCACCCCCCCACACCGGGAUUUCGGGAUUUUGGGAUUUCAGGAUUUUGGGAUUUCAGGAUUUGGGAUUUCAGGAUUUCAGGAUUUUGGGAUUCCGGGACGAUUCCCGGCCGACGGAAUCCUCGCUCCGCCAUAUAAACUCAUUAAUUAACGCCAAUUAAAGACAUUUCCUACAA